UGGCAUCACUCUGGCUUUACUCCUCAACCACACACCUUCUACAACAAUGCGUUUCUUGUCAGUACUGACGGUGUUGGCCGUAAUGGUGGCCGUUGCCUAUGGUGCUCCCGGCAUUGGAUAUGGUCGUGGCUUUGGGGGCGGCUUUGGCGGCGGCCUAGGUGGUUUCGGUGGCGGCUUUGGAGGCGGCCUGGGUGGCUUUGGAGGCGGCCUCGGUGGCUUUGGAGGCGGCCUCGGUGGCUUUGGAGGCGGCCUCGGUGGCUUUGGAGGCGGCCUCGGUGGCUUUGGAGGCGGCCUCGGUGGAUUUGGUGGUGGAUUUGGUGGCGGUUUCGGUGGACAUAGACGCCGGUAUGGUGGAUAUGGUUAUGGCAGGUGAAGCUCCCGGCUCCUGUUGCUGUUUGUCUCCCUGCUGCCAACCAACAUGCAGUUAUAUAAUAUUUUUGUAAAAUAAACUGUUCAAUGGCA